CGUAGUUCAGAACAGCAACCCAUUUUCGCACAAUUGCGGCGAAGAGUGCAAGGCUAGGAACAACUCAAUGCAAUGCUCUCGCUUCAAUUCCCUUCCCUCGUAUUCAAUCUCCCCCUCCCUUGAUCUCUACAUGACCCCACACCUGCAAAAAGCUCGCAAUGUUUCACUCGGAUCCAAAGUCACCGUCGUUGGCAGCGGCAACUGGGGCAGUGUUGCGGCUAAACUCAUCGCGUCCAAUACCUUGAGGUUCACCUCCUUUCAUGAUGAAGUGAGGAUGUGGGUAUUCGAGGAAACAUUGCCCAGUGGCGAAAAGCUCACUGAUGUCAUCAAUGGAACCAAUGAAAAUGUUAAAUAUCUUCCGGGAAUUAAGCUGGGCAAAAAUGUAGUUGCAGAUCCCGAUCUUGAAAAUGCGGUGAAGGACGCGAAUAUGCUAGUCUUUGUGACCCCACAUCAAUUCGUGGAGGGAAUAUGCAGGAAGCUUGUAGGGAAAAUUAAGACAGAUGCAGAAGCCAUUUCCCUUGUUAAAGGGAUGGAGGUCAAGGUGGACGGUCCCCGCAUGAUGUCUACUCUCAUUUCCCAGCAACUGGGAAUCAAUUGUUCUGUCUUAAUGGGGGCCAACAUAGCAAAUGAGAUUGGCCAAGAAAAAUUUAGUGAAGCAACCAUCGGGUACAGGCAGAAUAGGGGGGCUGCAGAGACGUGGGUUCAAUUGUUUAAUACUCCCUAUUUCAACGUGACGGCCGUCCAAGAUGUUGAAGGGGUCGAACUGUGUGGAACUCUUAAAAAUAUUGUGGCCGUGGCCGCAGGUUUUGUUGAUGGCUUGGAGAUGGGAAAUAAUGCAAAAGCUGCUAUCAUGCGAUUAGGUCUGGAAGAGAUGAAGGCGUUUUCCAAGCUACUCUUUCCAUCUGUCAAGGACAGCACCUUUUUGGAAAGCUGUGGUGUGGCUGACCUUAUCACAACAUGCUUGGGUGGAAGAAACAGGGAAGUUGCUGAGGCUUUUGCCAAGAGUGGAGGGAAGAGGUCAUUUGAUGAGCUUGAAAAAGAGAUGUUGCAGGGCCAGAAAUUGCAGGGGGUCUCUACUGCAGGCGAUGUUUAUGAAGUUCUAAGCCAUAACGGAUGGCUUGAGUUGUUCCCCCUCUUCUCAUCAGUGCAUGAGAUAUGCACUGGCCGCCUCCCACCAUCUGCCAUAGUUCAACACAAUCAAAGAAAACUGAAGAGUAAAUGUCUUGGAAGGAUUUGAUUACUUCUGGACCUUCUUUGUUCCCAAAAAUCUCAUGCCAACGGACGCCUGUGGUAAGGGAAAACAAAGCGUCUCUUUUAGCUCUCAGAGCAGCGAAGACUUUUUACACUGCAAAUAAAUCCCAUAAGGAGGGAAUAUGGUCUGCUCACGAGAUAUUAGGUCGUUGUCAUCAUCUGCAGGAUUUAGUUACUGAAGCGCACAUGACAUUAGUAAGAACCUUGUUGGAGCAUCUGAUUGAAGACAGCUUAACCUUAAAGCUAUGUCUGAUUAGGAGAAUCUGAGUGAGGGAAGAAGGAAAAGAUACUGCAUAUAUCCUGUUGAUCACAAAGUCACCUAAAAUGCGGAAAAGAAGACAACUGUACCAGUGAAAGUGAUUCCAAUUGUUUGCCUUUUUUUAAAGCGACAAAUGGGUUGAUGGGAUUGGAAUUCUAAAACGAAUUUUUUUUUUUAAUAAAAUUCUCUUUCCAUAAGGUCGAAGUUGCUACCUUUUUUUGUACUUUUGGUUGGUGGUAGCUUGCCACAAUCCAAAAAUGUCUGUUACUGUGAAAAUUUUCAUAAAUUUAUGUGGCUAUAUUUCAUGAUUUAAA